AUGAGCUGGGCACUGGAAGAAUGGAAGGAAGGCCUGCCGACAAGAGCUCUUCAGAAAAUUCAAGAGCUCGAAGGACAGCUCGACAAACUGAAGAAAGAAAGGCAGCAACGGCAAUUCCAGCUUGAAACCCUGGAGGCGGCACUGCAGAAGCAGAAACAGAAGGUUGAGAAUGAAAAAAACGAGGGUGCAAACCUGAAAAGAGAGAACCAAAGCUUGAUGGAAAUAUGUGAAAAUCUGGAGAAGACCAAGCAGAAGAUUUCUCAUGAACUUCAAGUCAAGGAGUCACAAGUGAAUUUCCAAGAAGGACAACUGAAUUCAAGCAAAAAGCAAAUAGAAAAACUGGAACAGGAACUUAAAAGGUGUAAAUCUGAACUUGAAAGAAGCCAACAAGCUGCACAGUCUGCAGAUGUCUCUCUGAAUGCGUGCAUUACGCCACAAAAAAUUUUUACAACUCCACUCACACCAAGUCAAUAUUAUAGUGGUUCCAAAUAUGAAGAUCUAAAAGAAAAAUAUAAUAAAGAAGUUGAAGAACGAAAAAGAUUAGAGGCAGAGGUGAAAACCUUGCAGGCAAAGAAAGCGAGCCAGGCCAUUCCGCAAAGCACCAUGAAUCACCGGGACAUUGCCCGACAUCAGGCUUCAUCAUCUGUGUUCUCAUGGCAACAAGAAAAGACUCCAAGUCGUCUUUCAUCCAGUGCUCUAAAGACUCCAAUUAGGAGAGAUUUCUCUGCAUCGCAUUUUUCUGGGGAACAAGAAGUGACUCCGAGUAGAUCAACUUUGCAAAUGGGGAAAAGAGAUGCUAACAGCAGUUUCUGUGAUAAUUCUAGCAAUCCUCAUCUUUUGGAUCAAUUAAAAGCCCAAAAUCAAGAGCUAAGGAGCAAGAUUAGUGAGUUGGAACUACGUCUGCAAGGACAAGAAAAAGAAAUGAAAGGCCAAGUGAAUAAACUUCAAGAACUCCAACUCCAACUGGAGAAAGCAAAAAUGGAAUUAAAUGAAAAAGAGAAGGUUUUGAACAAAAGUAGGGACGAACUAGUGAGAACGACAGCACAGUAUGACCAGGCCUCCACCAAGUGUACUGCUUUGGAACAAAAACUGAAAAAACUGACUGAAGAUUUGAGUUGUCAGCGUCAAAAUGCAGAAAGUGCCAAACGUUCUCUGGAACAGAAAAUCAAGGAAAAAGAAAAAGAGUUCCAAGAGGAGCUCUCCCGUCAACAGCGUUCCUUCCAAACCCUGGACCAGGAGUGCACUCAGAUGAAAGCCAGACUCACCCAGGAGUUACAACAAGCCAAGAGCAUGCACAACAUCCUACAGGCUGAACUGGAUAAAGUCACAUCUGUAAAGCACCAGCUAGAAAAAAAUUUGGAAGAGUUUAAGCAAAAGUUUAACAGGACUGAACAGGCCUUAGAGGCGAGUCAGAUCAAGGAAAAUGAGCUGAGGAGAAGCAGCGAGGAAAUGAAGAGGGAAAACAGCCUCCUUAAGAGUCAGUCUGAGCAAAGGGCCAGAGAAGCCUGCCACCUGGAGGAAGAACUGAAGAAGGCCAGGCAGUGUUUAAGUCAGAGCCAGAAUUUUGCAGAAGAAAUGAGGGCUAAGAAUACCUCUCAGGAAACUAUGUUAAGAGAUCUUCAAGGAAAAAUAAAUCAGCAAGAGAAUUCCUUGACUUUAGAGAAACUGAAGCUUGCCUUGGCUGAUCUGGAAAAGCAGCGAGAUUGUUCUCAAGACCUUUUGAAGAAAAGGGAACACCACAUUGAACAACUGAAUGAGAAGUUAAGCAAAACAGAGAGAGAGUCCGAAGCUUUAUUGAGUGCUUUGGAGUUAAAAAAGAAAGAAUAUGAAGAACUGAAAGAAGAGAAAACUCUGUUUUCUCGCUGGAAAAGUGAAAACGAACAACUUUUAAGUCAGAUGGAAUCAGAAAAGGAAGGCUUGCAGAGUAAAAUUAAUCACUUGGAAACUUGUCUUAAGACACAACAGAUAAAAAGUCACGAACACAAUGAGAGAGUUAGAACACUGGAGAUGGAAAGAGAAAAUCUUAGCGUCGAGAUCAGAAACCUUCACAACGUGAUAGACAGCAAGACUGCGGAGGUAGAGACCCAGAAACGAGCUUAUGGAGAACUACAACAGAAAGCCGAGUUCUCUGAUCAGAAACAUGAGAAGGAAAUGGAAAAUAUGUGUUUGAAAAUUUCUCAGCUUACUGGGCAAGUUGGAGAUCUAGAACAUAAGCUUCAGUUACUGUCAAGUGAAAUCAUGGACAAAGACCAGCGUUACCAAGACUUGCAUGCAGAGUCUGAGAGCCUCAGGGAUCUGCUGAAAUCCAAAGAUUUUUCUAGGGUGACAAACGAGGCUCAUCAGAGAAGUCUUCUGACUUUUGAACAGCAGCCUGCAAUGAAUCAUUCCUUUGCAAAUAUAAUUGGAGAACAGGGUAGUGAGCCUUCAGAAAGGAGUGAAUGCCACUUAGAACCAGACCAGAGUCCAAAAAAUUCAGCCAUGUUACAAAACAGAGUCGUUUCUCUUGAAUUUUCUUUAGAGUCUCAAAAGCAGAUGAACUCAGAUCUGCAAAAGCAGUGUGAAGAGUUGGUGCAAAUCAGAGGAGAAAUAGAAGAAAAUCUCAUGAAAGCAGAGCAGAUGCAUCAAAGUUUUGUGGCUGAAACAAGUCAGCGCCUUAGUAAGUUACAAGAAGACACUUCUGUUCAUCAGAAUGUUGUUGCUGAAACUUUAGCUGCCCUGGAGAGCAAGGAAAGAGAGUUGCAACUUUUGAAUGAAAAAUUAGAAACUGAGCAUGCAGAGAUUCAAGAAUUAAAGAAGAGCAACCAUUUACUUCAAGAAUCCCUAAAGGAGCUACAACUUUUGUCUGAAACUCUUAGCUUGGAGAAGAAGGAAAUGGGUUCCAUCAUCUCUCUAAAUAAGAAGCACAUUGAAGAGCUGACCCAAGAGAAUGGGACCCUCAAGGAAACGAAUGCAAACUUGACCCAAGAGAAGAUGAACUUGCUCCAAAAGAGUGAGAGUUUUUCAAACUGUAUAGAUGAAAGAGACAAACGCAUUUCUGAGUUAUCUAAUCAGUACAAGCAAGAAAGGCUUACUUUGCUACAAAGAUGUGAAGAAACAGGAAAUGCAUUUCAGGAUCUUAGUGAAAAAUAUAAAGCAGUGCAGGAAAAGAACUCUAAAUUAGAAUGCUUGCUGAAUGAAUGCAUGAGUGUUUGCGAAGACAGAAAAAAUGAAUUGGAACAGCUAAAGGAGACAUUUGCAAGGGAACAACAAGGACUUGUAUCACAAUUAGCAUUAGCUGAAGAAAGAAACCAGAACUUAGUACUAGAAUUGGAGACAGUGCAGCAAGCCCUGACAGCUGAGAUUACAGAUAACCAAAACAAUUCCAAGAGGGAGGCUGAUGGCUUAAAGCAAGAAAUCAUGACUUUAAAGGAAGAACAAAGUAAGAGGCAAAAGGAAGUUAAUGCCUUAUUACAAGAGAAUGAUCACCUUAUGAAAUUAAUGAAGGCUGAACACGAGCAUCAACAUGUAGAAUUGGAACCAACUCAGGACUCUGUGAAAGGAGGAGAGAGGGAGACAAAUAAAUGUCACGUUCAACUUCCGAUGGAUCUUGAAGUUACAGAUGCUUCUUUAGAGAGUUAUAAUGCACAACUGGUACAGUUAGAAACUAAAGUGAGAAACAUGGAAUUAAAACUUCAGGAAAGUGAGAAAGAGAAGGAGCACCUACAGCAUGAAUUACAGACAAUUAGAAGAGAACUGGAAACUGGAAAUUUGCAACAAGAUAUUCAGCCACAAGAUAUUAAUGGCCUUGGAGACUGUGAAAUCAAUCCAGAAGGAAAGUAUAUUUCAGUGCUUCAUGAGUUGUCAAUAAGUCCGCAUGACAGUCCCCACCUGCAGGGCUCUCUACAGACAGUGAUGAGCAAGCUGAAUGAGUUAGAGAAAAUGUGUGAAGGACUGCAGGUUGAAAAGUUUGAACUCAUCUCUGAGCUGAAAGAAUCAAGAUCAGAAUGUAUCACAGCGACUAGUAAAAUGGCAGAAGAGGUGGGGAAACUAGUAAAUGAGGUUAAAAUGCUAAACAACGAAAAUGGACUUCUCCAAGGUGAGUUAGGGAAAGCAGUGUCAGAAAGUGAAUUUGGUGAACAACAGAAUGAGCAGAACUCUGUGUCCUUAAAUCCUUUGGAGGACAGUAAUUUCUACGAGCACUUGACUGUGUCAAACAAAGAAGUUCAGAUGCACUUUGCUGAAUUACAGAAGAAAUUCUCAUCUUUACAGCAAGAACACAAAGUUUUACACGAUCAGCACUGCCAGAUGAGCUCUAAGAUGUCAGAACUACAGUCCUAUGUUGACACAUUAAAGGCUGAAAAUUCAGUCUUGUCCAUGAAUCUGAGAAACUCUCAAGGUGACUUGGUAAAGGAGGUGAAGCCAGGACCCGGGGAGGAGCGUUUACUGUCCUUGUCAUUCUCAUGUGUGACUGACAGCCCUGGUGGUACAAGUUUGGGAGAAUCUUCUUUUUACAAAGAUCUUUUAGAGCAGACAGGAGAAACAUCCCUUUUGAACAAUCUAGAAGGGACUGUUUCGGUAAACCAGUCUAAUGUGGAGGAAGAAUCUUGCAGCAGUCUGGAGGAGGAGAAUCUGACCAAGAAAGAAAUCCCCGCUGCCCCAGUGAGGAGGAUUGAAGAACUGGAGACCCUCUGUCAGAUGUACCUGCAGUCCCUCAAGAAGCUAGAAGAGAAAAUUGAAAGUCAAGGGAUUAUGAAAAAUAAGGAAAUAAAAGAGCUCGAACGGCUACUGAGUUCUUCAAGGGAAGAGCUCGGCUGUCUCAGGAAGCAGUACUUGUCAGAGAAUGAACAGUGGCAGCAGAAGCUGACACGAGUGACUGUGGAGAUGGAGUCUAAGUUGGCAGCUGAAAAGAAACACACGGAACACUUGACACUUGAGCUCGAGGUAGCACGACUUCAGCUUCAGGGUCUGGAUUUAAGUUCUCGGUCUCUGCUUGGCGCCGACAUAGACGAUGCUAUUCGGGGUAGAAACGAUAGCUGUGACAUAAGAGAAUCAGAAGAAUAUACUUCAGAAACUAAAGAGAGGCCUCCAAAACAUGAGGUUCAUCAAAUUUGUGAAAAAGAUGCUCAGCAGGACCUCAGCAUAGAGAUGGAGAGAAUAACUGAGACAGAUGCACUCAGACUUACAGGGGAAUGGUCCAGGGAGCAGCCCCCAGAAGCCAGCCAUGAGACCCCAGAGGAAGACGAAACCCAGGGCUGCUCAGAAAGCAUGUCUGAAUUGUCACUUUCUGGUCCUAAUGCUUUGGCACCUAUGGAUUUUCUGGAGAAUCAGGUAACCAUUCAGAAUCUCCAAUUUCAGGUAAAAGAGGCAUCUGAUGAGAAUUUGAGAUUACUUCAUGGCAUAGAGGAACGUGACCAAAAAGUUGAAAGCUUACUAAAUGAAAUCAAAGCAUUAGACUCAAAACUCAAUUUACAAGAAGUACAACUAACUACCAAGAUUGAAGCAUGUAUAGAAUUGGAAAAAAUAGUUGAGGAACUUAAGAAAGAAAAAUCGGAUUUAACUGAACAAUUGGAAUCCUUUUCUUGUGAUAACCAGAAAGUAGAAAUUUCAGGAGGCCUCACUGCUAGUUUAGAAAUGGGCACAGAUAAAUUGUCAGAUGAAGUUAUCGAAGAUGAUGUAGCCAAGGUGAGCGACAGCUUGGGAGAGAGAUGUCCUGCUGGGGAAAGUGAGCUGAACUUUCUCACAUCUAAGAAAGGUAGCACAGAGCAUCGUGCCCUCUCUGCGGAGGCCGGCUUAGAGGUAGUUCAAACAGAGAAGCUGCAUUUAGAAAAAGAUAAUGAAAAUAAGCAGAAAGUUAUAACCUGUCUUGAGGAAGAACUCUCUGUGGUUACAAGUGAGAGAGACCAGCUUCAUGGAGAACUGGAUAUUUUGUCAAAAGAAAAUAAAGAACUGGAUCAGAUGUCUGAAAAGAUGAAGGCGAAAAUCCAAGAGCUCGAAUCUCAUCAACGUGAGCGUCUACGUCUCCAAGAGCAGCUGCAGAGUUUGGAAAAGGACUCACAGGCACUGUCUUUGUUGAGAAGUGAGUUGGAAAACCAAAUCGGACAACUGAAUAAAGAGAAAGAGUCACUCGUAAGGGAAUCCGAAAGCCUGCAGACCAAACUGAGUGAGUCUGAACAUGAGAAGUUGACCGUUGCCAAGGCCUUGGAGGCUGCACUGAUGGAGAAAGGCGAGGUCGCAGUGAGACUGAGCUCAACACAAGAGGAAGUGCACCAGCUGAGAAAAGGCAUUGAGAAACUGAGGGUCCGCAUCGAGGCCGACGAAAAGAAACAGCUCCACAUGUCAGAGAAACUGAAGGAAAGCGAGCGUAGGAAUGACUCGCUUCAGGAUAAAGUGGAGAACCUUGAGAGGGAAUUGCAGAUGUCGGAAGAAAACCAAGAGCUGGUGAUUCUUGAUGCUGAGAACUCCAAAGCAGAGGUGGAGACCCUCAAAACACAAAUAGAAUUGACGACCAAAAGCCUGAAAGCUUUAGAAUUAGACCUUGUCACGACAGAGUCCGAAAAAGAAAAUCUAAUGAAAGAACUACGAAAACAAAGUCAGGUGUCCAAAUCAGACACGUUACUCUCUUCAUUGAAAAAUCUAUUAGAAGAAAAGGAGCGAAAAAUACAGAUGAAAGAAGAAUCCAGAGCUGCAGUGGAGAUGCUUCAAGCACAACUGAAAGAGCUAAGUGAGGAAGUAGCAGCCUUGUGUGAUGACCAAGAGAGCUGGAAGGUCAGAGACCUGAGUCUGGACUCCCCAUUGGAGGCAGUACAUCAGCUGGGGAACAGCAUUGGGAAGCUGAAAGUCCACCUAGAUGCUGAGAAAAAGCAGCAGCUCCAUAUCUUAGAAAAACUGAAGGAAAGUCAGCAUCAUGCAGAUUUGCUUAAGGAUCGAGUUGAGGACCUUGAAAGAGAACUAGAGGUGUCAGGACAAAACCAAGAGCGUGUGAUUCUCGAGGCUGAGAAGUCCAAAGCAGAAGUAGAGACCCUGAAAGCAAAAAUAGAGGAGAUGGCCCAAAAUCUGAGAGGUCUGGAAUUAGAUCUUGUCCAUAUGAGGUCAGAAAAAGAAGACCUAACAACAGAAUUACAAAAAGAACAAGGACGAGUGUCUGAACUAGGAACGUUAAAUUCUUCACUUGAAAAUCUAUUGCAAGAAAAAGAGCAAGAAAAAGUACAGAUGAAGGAAGAAUCUAAAGCUGCAGUGGAGAUGCUUCAAGCACAACUGAAAGAGCUAAAUGAGAAAGUGGCAGCCUUGUGUGAUGACCAAGAGACCUGGCAGGUCAGAGAACAGAACCUGAGUAGUCAAGUGGAUUCCCUUGAACAUGAGAAGACUCAGUUGCUCCAAGGCCUUGACGAGGCUAAAAGUAAUUACAUUGUUUUGCAGUCUUCUGUGAAUGGCCUCAUUCAAGAAGUAGAGGAAGGCAAACAGAAACUAGAGAAAAAGGAUGAAGAAAUCAGUAUACUAAAAAAUCAGACUCAAGACCAAGAGCAGCUCGUCUCUAAACUGUCUCAGAUGGAAGGCGAACAGCAACUUUGGAAGAAGCAAAAAACUGAACUAGGAGACCUGACGGUGGAAUUGGAGCAGAAGAUCCAGGUGCUACAAUCUCAAAAUGACACUUUGCAGGAUGCCUUAGAAGCCCUGCAGCAUUCUUCCAAGGAUCUGGAGAAAGAGCUUGAAUUGAUAAAAACAGAAAAAAUGUCCUUUAUUGAAAAAGUAAACACAAUGGCUGCGAAGGAGACUGAGCUGCAGAGAGAAAUGGACGCGAUGGUACAUAAGACGACAGUGUUGAAAGAAGAAUUUAGUGGGGAGAAAAACAGGCUAACUGAAGAACUAAAAUUAGUGUCGGAGGAAAUAAAGAGCAGCAAAGGUCAACUGAAGGAGCUCAUGCUAGAAAACAGUGAAUUGAAGAAGAGCCUGGAUUGUGUUCACAAAGAGCAGAUGGAAAAGCAAGAGAAAAUGAGAGAAGAAAUAGCUGAAUAUCAGCUACAGCUUCAAGAAGCUGAAAAGAAACACCAGGAUUUGCUUCUGGAUACAAACAAACAGUAUGAAAUGGAAAUUCAGACAUAUCAAGAGAAACUAACGUCUACCGAAGAAUGUCUCAGCUCACAGAAGGUAGAGAUAGACCGCUUAAAGUCCAGUAAAGAAGAACUCAGUAAUUCUUUGAAAGCGGCUACUGAGACGUUAGAAGAAUUGAAGAAAACUAAGAUGGAAAAUCUAAAAUACGCAGAUAAGUUGAAAAAGGAAAAUGAUCGUGCCCAGGGGAAAAUAAAGCUGUUGAUCAAAUCUUGUAAACAACUGGAAGAGGAAAAGGAGAUGCUGCAGAAAGAGCUAUCUCAUCUUGAAGCUGCACAAGAGAAACAGGAAGCAGGUACUGUUACAGAUGCUAAUGUCGAUGAAUUAAUGACUGAGAUAAAAGAACUGAAAGAAACUCUUGAAGAAAAAAACAAGGAGGCAGAUGAAUACUUGGAUAAAUACUGUUCUCUGCUUAUAAGCCAUGAAAAGUUAGAGAAAGCCAAAGAGAUGUUAGAAACACAAGUUGCUCGUCUGAGUUCACAACAAUCUAAAGUUAACCUUCGAAGUUCUCCUUCGCUAAAUUCAGUUGUUCCAGGACCAUCUCCAGUCCCUUCUGCCACUGAAAAGAAGUUAUCACCCGGCCAAAAUAAGGCUUCAGGCAAAAGGCAAAGAUCCAGUGGGAUUCGGGAGGGUGGGGGAGAAACCACGCCUUCUACACCAGAGAUGUUUUCUAAAAAAAGCAGGAAAGUGGUCAAAAGUGGUAUUCACCCUGCAGAGGAUCCAGAAGACACUGAGUUUGAGCCAGAGGGACUUCCAGAAGUUGUAAAGAAAGGGUUUGCUGAUAUCCCAACAGGAAAGUCGAGCCCGUAUGUCCUGCGGAGAACAACCAUGGCCACAAGGACCAGCCCCCGCCUUGCUGCGCAGAAGUUAACACCAUCCCCGCUAAGUCUGGACAAAGAAAAUCUCGCUGAGACCUCCAGACCAACAGCUGGUGGCAGCAGAUCACAAAAGGUUAAGGUUACUCACCAGAGCCCAGCGGAUUCAGGUGCUGGCCUCCGGGAACCCACCACGAAGUCUCUCUUGGUCAGGAACCCUCUGGAGAGAAGCCUGGCUGACAGUCCCAAGGAGGGCCUGAGGGCCAAGCGAGGUCGGCCCGCCCCCAGCCCUGAAGCGGGACCCGGGUCCGGGAGCAGCGAGAACUGCAGGGUCCAGUAGGAGAGCACCGGUGUGUCGGCACCCAGGAGGCGGCCGCGGCUGCACGGAAGGCAGUGUGUCUGCGGCGCGGCUCCUCUGCCGUCAGGGAGCACGUCAUCAGAGGGAAGAAACAAUCCCUUAUAGAGCUAAAUACACUGGCCUCUUUAGAUCUCCUCUGUGUAAUUAAUACUAGAAAAGUUUGGAAGCACUGAUUACCUCUUCACUGAUACUCCUCUUCUGAAAUGUAAAAUAGAAUCUUGUAUAAAGCUUUUUGGUAAUGUUACCCAUAAAAGGCAAGCGCUAUGUCACAACUUCUGUUUGUAUGUGGAUGUUACGCUAAAAAAAUGCAAAACACGUUUUUUACUUCCAACAAACAGCCCCUAGGAAAUCCAAACUUUGGCUUUAUGGUAUUCCUUUUGUAUAGUGUUAGGCAUGAAAUAAUUUUAGAUCGAGAUUUCUUUGAGUUGAGUAAAACGAAGGAAAACUGUAUUAUAUGUUCUCAAGGAAAACAUGCACAUACAGAUAUAUAAAAUGGGUGCACUCCUUCUUCUCUUCCAGUGUGUUUUCUAAAUCUCAGCUUAUAUAACCUGUACAUACUUGUGUGUGGGGUGGUGGGAGUCGUGUGUUGAUUUCUGGUUAGCCUGGCUGCGGGCUCUUGAAAGGUGCAGCAUACCUAGUUUUCUGUCGGUGUGCUGUUUCUUUAACACCCAUUCUCAUAAAUGGUGAUGUUCUAUUAAAGUAUGGCAUUUUUUCCUAAUAAAAAAUAUACCUUUGUUUUCUGUAAAA